AUGCUGUCUAAACUCCUAGAACCGAACGAGACUGCCUCCCGGUGCGAAACGUCCUGGCGUCACGGGGCUACCCAGCGUUCCAGUUACAGAAUGCGCGCUAUGAAGCAGCCCGCUUCUGACGAACCGAAUAUGACCAAAUCUCUCCGAGAUAUAUUCUUUGACAUUGAAGAAGAAUUCGCCCAGUUGGUGUCACCGAAUUUGGCCGAAUUUCGAAGAUUGGGGAAGUCCAGAUAUUUGACUCAUGCCGAACGUAAUGUGGUCAGCCCGUACAACCCUUCUUGUGAAUGUCACCCCCUCUCAUCCACCAAAAAUCUCAGGCAGCUGCUGCCAAACAACCUCAGUCAGGGCUUUGUCAGACAUCACCGGAAUUGUUGA